AUGCAGGAUCCAACACUAGAAAGAUCCUUUCGAGGACAUAAAGAUGCAGUCACCGGUGUCGCAUUCAAACCAUCCAUGACUCAAUUGGCAUCUUCGUCAAUGGAUCAUUCAGUAAUGGUUUGGAACUUUAAACCACAACUAAGAGCAUUCAGAUUCGUCGGGCACAAGGCAGCUGUAACAAGUGUGGACUUUUCACCAACUGGCCACUUGUUGGCGUCAUCGUCUAGAGACAAAACAGUACGACUCUGGACUCCUAAUGUCAAAGGAGACGUAACUGUAUUCAACGCCCAUACAUCAACCGUCAGAACUGUACAGUUUUCAAGAGAUGGAGAGUCGCUACUGACCGCAUCAGACGACAAGUCUAUCAAGAUUUGGGCCACGGCUCGCACAAAGUUCCAGUACACUUUGGCCGGUCAUCUGAAUUGGGUACGAACGGCCAGUUUCUCUCCAGAUUCAAGGCUGGUCGUGUCAGGAAGUGACGACAAGACUGUGAAACUGUGGGAUUUGAGUUCGAAAAUGUGUGUCAAGACAUACUGGGAUCAUACUGGGAUGAUCUCCUCGGUCGCAUUUCACCCUGCUGGAACCAUUGUCGCAUCAGCGUCAAGCGACAGAUCAAUCAAAUUAUUCGAUAUUCGAACACAUAAAUUACUUCAGCAUUACGGUGAUGCACACGCCGGUAGCUCACCAACAACAGAGGGAGGAUUAUCUGUUGGCGGAGUCAAUUCAAUUUCGUUUGGUGGUAAAGGAGGGGAGUGGCUGGUCUCUACUGGCAUGGACGGUGUAGUCAAGAUAUGGGAUCUGAAAGAGGGACAUCUGUUUUACACACUACACGGGCACAAGAAUGGGCCUACUACAAGUGCCUCGUUCUCAGCAAAUGGUGACUUUUUCGCUACUGGUGGUAGUGAUUCGCAAGUUAUGGUGUGGAAGAGCAACUUUGAUUCAGUCGACGCAGACUUUGCCCUGGAUGCCAGAAAAGAAAAUGAAGACAAUUUGACUUCGAAAUCUAUGCACGCCAGUUUCGAAUUCCCUCAUGAAUCACAUGCGAUUCAUACAGAUCUGUAUAAUGCACAUGGUGCUGCUGGGUCACGAGUCACGGCUGCACCAACCCCUUCAACAGGUCCUAGAGGUGUAACUCACCGAAAGAUUCAUCCGCAAGCCUCAGCUACGAAAUCGAGUAAACAGCCAACAUGGGCCGCAACGGACAAUCCACAAAUAGUUGAUGUGGGAGCUUCCAUUUUGGCUGAGAAGGACUUUGGAGAUGACGGAGUGCGUUUACCAGGACCACAGCAAUCGCCACGACGAGAUGCCGGUAAUGGAGUCACAGCAAGUGAAGAGAACCGGCAGUACACGACACCUUUAGAAGUGAGAACUAUGUCCGAUCAAGUUGCUCAAACAUUGCAACAUUUGGUUCGACAAAUGGAUGUCUUGACACAUACCAUGAGCAUAUUAGAAAGCCGAUUAACCAUGAAUGAAGACAAGACCCUGGACAUUGGGAAGAAGAUGGACAUGAUCCUUGCUCGAUUAGAAGGACCGUCCAUGUCAAUACCGUCUCGAGACGAAUCACCAAAACCAAAGAGGGAUGAGUUUGGAAUGCCUGAACAUUAA